UGACCCAUCAUGGACUAUAGGGAUGCACAGCAUCAUGUUUCCUGGCAAAAAAAAAUAAUAUAUUUUUGUGUGAUUAUUCUGCCACGAAACUCAGCUCUCAUAUAUCACGUGGCCCCCGGAGUCUUUCUCCCAGACUGCAGAUGUUGGUGUCAGAGGUGACCUUGACAACCGCUCUUCUGCUGGCGGCAGGGUCCAUUUCUCCGGAGGGAUGAGGCAAAUAGGAACUGGCGCCCCCUUUCUCUCUGGCGCCGUUGGUUUUGCCCGUCCCUCUGCGCGUCCCUGUUGUUUCGCGGGAGCAGGAAGCGCGCGUCACCCGGUUCUAGUAAUUGGCAGCCCGUAGUCAGUGACGGGAGGGGCCGCCUGGAAACGUCACACGUUUUUUUAAUCAUUUAUGUCCGUCGGGAGAGCUUCAGAGGUACUAAUGAGCAUGCAUCACCGCAGGAAACAACGAUUAUCCGAAGGAACUUACAGACAGUAUAUGAUAGAUAAUGAAGAACCCAUUUCAGAGCCCACAACCAGUGAUGGUCCUAAAAGUAGGACUGAUAAUAAAGAUUCAUCAGUUGUGAUCUCCGAUAGCGAUGAUGCGGAACUGCAGGAAGAAAGUAUUUUGCCAAAAAAGAGACGCAGGCCUCCACCCCACCGAAAACCUUUGCCGGUCAAAAGAAAACUUGCACAAAUGACAGAGGAGGAACAACUGGCUUUGGCAGUACAAAUCAGUCAACAGGAGCUGGCAAAACCUGAAGAAUACACCCAAGAAGAAGAGGAUGAGCUGAUAAAGAAAGCCAUUGAAGAAAGUCUUCAUAGCUGUCAAGUUCCUGAUAUUCUCGCUAGUCCCUCAAAAGAUGAGUUAACCAGUGGAGCAUCUUCAAGCCAUGAACACUGUGAAAAAGAACCACAUUCCUCCAAGGAGUCUAAACCUUCAGGUGAAAUCUCAGCAAAAAGCCCAGUUGUGCGUUUGCAACGUUUAAGUCAAGAUAUUGUGGAAAGCUCGAGUGUCAUCUUGUCUCCUAACUGCAAGGAUCCUAUUUCAUGCAUUGAAAACUGUCUACAGUCUGCUCUGUCUCCAUGUACCAGUAGCAACUUUCUAAAAGCCUCCCCUGCUAAAGAACUCGCAUUAAGCCCCGUUUUUCCAAAGAAGUCCCCACGUCCAUGCAAACUGAUUCCUUGCAGACUGUUUCAGGACAGAAGCCCAAGUGCUGACAGGCCAGUAGAUGAUCUAGAUGACCAAUGCACACAUUGCUCAGAGAGUCCCCAGAUAGACUCCUUGUCUAUUAUGUUGCCUACCUCAUGCUCCCAAGGAGAAAGUUCAUAUCAAAAUGACUGCGGGAAGACAGAGACUUUUCAUACUGACAAAGCCAAAAAAUUGGACUGUGAGAAGGGCAUUGAAAGCUCUGAUUGUAGGGCAGGCAAGAUGAAUCAAAGUGGAGGCACGGUUCACUAUUACUGGGGUGUUCCCUUCUGCCCAAAAGGUGUGGAUCCUAGUGAAUACACCAAAGUCAUACUAUGCCAACUUGAAGUGUAUCAGAAGAGCUUGAAAAGUGCUCAGAGACAACUUUUGCACAAAAUGGAUUAUGGCCAACCGAUCCAUCUUACAGCUUCAAGUCGAAAAUAUUUUAAAGAGGACACUCAAGGCAGCGUCAGCCAAGAAGAUACAGAGGAGUGCGUAGCUGAGGACGACACACAGAAACCUGACGAAGAUGAGACAGAACGUGAUGAUAAUUCUGACAGCCAAGAAACACAGUACCUAUCAAGCAAAAGGCAGAAGAUUUCUCAGAGUCCGGCACAGACUGGCCUGGAAAAUGACCAUUGCUCUUCAUCUCAGGAUGAGAACGAUAGCGUGAAGAUGCCGUUUACCCAGUUGCAGCCAAGUGAAUGUGCAGGAGUAGCUCCAGUGGCACCGGGGGAGAGUGCUGUUUCACCAACUGCUGUGAGGAAUGACAGACACCUUAAGGAGCACCCUGACAUUGCCCAGGAAGAAGCGAUUACAGUCUGCCCAGAAACACAGCCUUGUCCAGCUAAGCAGGAGGAAUCUGACAAAGAGGAUCAAACUGAUAUAACAGAGAACAGCUCAGAUCCCCAGGUCAGUAAUUCUUCUGAUGAAGACUUAGUUUGUCUGAAUAAAGUAUACAAAAAUGUGGCGUGUCCAAUGUGUGGGUGUAACUUCUCUCGGACCCAAAUCGAAAGGCAUGCAGCAUACUGCGAUGGGACAAAGAGACAGCAAGAAAUGGCCGUUUUGAGACCAAGAAGUAAACUGAGGAGAAGCCAUGAUAGUUCAGCAGCUGUUAGCAUUACAUCUUCAGACUCUGGCAAGUGUGAGAAAUGUUAUCUUUGUAAAUUACUGGUACCACUGAAAGACUAUCAGGCCCAUGUGGACAACUGUUUGCAGACUGCAAUGCUAGAAACCCAGGGGAGCCAGAGACUCAGAAGCGUCAAGGAAUAUCCAGAGCGUAAUUGCAGGCUCCUGAGCAUGCUGGAGCAUUCAGAAUCCUCCCUGGCAGAAACAAACGGUAAUGCUCCAGAACCCUCCCACCUGAGCCCUCCCAGAGAAGAACAUGGCGCCCAUUUUAGCUCUGAGCAUCUGAACCUCAGCGACUCUCCGAUCAGAUCUUUUGUAGCCAUCUCAGAAGCCACAGAUUGCCUUGUUGACUUCAAGAAGCAGUUUAGCCGUCGGCCGAGCAGUAGAGGAGCCAGCCGCCGGGGGAAGAGACGUAGGAUGUGACCAGCACUACAUGUCAAGGUUCAGGACCAAAUGUUGAAAGUCUGUACAGUCUGUAACCCGUAUCUCUGUUUCUUUGUCUGUGGUUUGUACAGGUAAAGCACAAUACGAACUCUGCACAAGAACGUUU